UCGACAGUCUUGACAAGUUGUCGCCGAAGAACAUCUGUCUAGGUUCUUAUCCUCACUUCGCUUUAUUUCACUUUUUUUCAUUAAUUUUUUUUUUAAAUAAAAAUCACGCGGUACCGUAAUUAACGUGCAGUAAGAUAAUCAAGAUGCUGCACGGAUCCGCGGUGCUCGCGAUCUUCGCGGUGGCGGCUGUAUCCGCUACGAGUCCUCCACGUGUGUUCACGAUGUGUAUCCCGGAGAAAUACGCGAAGGAAUGUGCGGAAAUGAUGGAGGAUUCAGCCAGCAAAGGCUUCCCGAUAUCGUGCAUUUCCGGACGCGAUCGAUAUGAUUGCAUCGAGAGGGUCGGCAAGAAGGAAGCGGACAUCGUCGCGGUAGAUCCUGAGGAUAUGUAUCUCGCGGCGAAAAACAAAUUAGCUGAGAAUGCCGGAUACAGUGUCGUUGAACAGGUCAGGACAAAGGAAGAACCCGACGCGACAUAUCGUUACGAGGCGGUAGCCGUAAUACACAAGGACCUGGACAUCAACAACGUUCAGGGCCUGAGGGGUCUCAGAUCCUGCCAUACAGGCGUGGGCCGUAAUGUCGGUUACAAGAUUCCCAUCACGAAGCUCACCGCCAUGGGUAUGCUAACCGAUAUCAACAAUCCGGAAUAUUCCGCUCGCGAGAAUGAGCUUCGCGCUCUGAGCACGCUCUUUGACAAAGGCUGUCUGGUGGGUAGGUGGUCGCCCGAUCCCGAAAUCAAUCAGAGACUCAAGGAGACGUACAGCAACAUGUGCGCUCUUUGCGAGAAACCAGACGUGUGCGAUUAUCCAGACAUAUAUUCCGGGUACGAGGGUGCCUUGCGCUGUCUAGCUCACAACGGCGGCCAGGUUGCAUGGACAAAGGUCAUCUACGUGAAGCGCUUCUUUGGCUUGCCAGUCGGGGUUACCCCGGCAGUGCCGACACCCGAGAAUCCGGCCGACUUUCGAUAUUUCUGUCCGGACGGUAACAAAGUGCCCAUCGAUGACCAUACGAAACCAUGUACGUGGGCCGCCCGACCAUGGCAAGGAUACAUGACCAACGGGGAUGAUGCCAACAACGCGGAAGCUAUUCAAAGAGAGCUAACGCAACUCGGUCAGCUUGGUGAGAACGAAAAGGCAGAUUGGUGGAAGGAUCUCAUGCUGCUCAACGAAAAGACUUUGGCUGUCGCCGCACAGCCAGUAUCACCGGAAGAACAUCUGAAAAGCGCAAAAUAUAUGGACGUGAUCGAGAGAAAUUCCGGAGCCCCGGAAAGGAACGCUCGUUGGUGCGUUUGGAGUCAAAGUGCGCUGGACAAGUGCCACAGUCUCGCUAGAGCCGCGUUCUCCAGAGAUGCCAGACCUAGAUUUGACUGCAUAUUGGAGAAGGAUGAGACUGCAUGUUUGAAGAUUGUUAGGGAUAAUGGAGCAGAUAUAACUGUGAUUGACGGCGGAUCAGUAAAACUCGCAAUAGAUAAUUAUAUCGCGAAACCGAUCGUCACUGAGAUUUACGGUGAAGGAUCAACGCAAUUCAACGAGGUACCGGCAGUUGCUGUUGUCAAGAGUGGUUCUUCUAUAAAUGGAUUAGACGAUCUCAGAGGCAAGAAGUCUUGUCAUAGUGGCUACGAGGGUGACUUUGCUGGUUAUUCCGCACCGGCUCACAUUCUCAAACAAAAGGGGCUUAUUAAUGAACCGGGAGAGAUGGAUACCUUCUUCUCCGAGUCUUGUGCACCUGGCGCUUCUCUCCAUUCCAAGUCUUGUCAAUUGUGCGUCGGCGAUAUUAAAUCCGGUGACGAUCAAGUGAAAGAGGCCACGAAAUGCAGACCUACGAAUGUUGAAUAUUACAAUGGCGGAAAAGGAGCACUUAGAUGUUUAAAAGAUGGCAAGGGAGAUGUUGCAUUCUUACCUUUGACGGCUUUGCAGCAGCUCGAUAACGAGAAGGACGAUGCAGGCAAACGCGAAGAUUACGUCUUGCUUUGUCCGAAUGGUGGUCAAGCGCCCAUCAAUGAAUGGGAGCGUUGUAAUUUAGGAUUAGAGCCACCAAGGAUAAUCGUCAGUUCGGCCGACAAAGCCGCAAAUACCUUGGAAGAGUUGAGACAUGGCAUUUUAGCCGCGAGCAGCUUAUAUUCGAAGCAACCGGAUUUGUUGCGUCUUUUCGGUGCCUGGAAUGACAAGCGCAACGUAUUGUUUAAGGAUAACGUGAAAGGAUUGGUAUCCAUCGAUAACACAUGGGACAAGUGGGACACUUGGGCAAAUAUUCAACGGGACUAUGGCCACCAUUAAGUUUUUGUAUUUAAAAUUUUUCAUUAAAAUAUUUGUUUGCUUAUGAUGGAGUACUAUAUGUGAUAUUGCUUCUAUCAUUGCUGAGAAAUUAUCGUUGUUCGAUCAUAUAUCAAUGGCCCAUAAAGAGGAUAUGGAUGUUAGAUAAAUGAAUAUUGUUAUAAUUGAUAAUUUUGCUUACGCGAACUGACAUAUCACCGUGACAGAGAUUAUAUUUUUUAAUAUUGAAAAACUGUGAUUUUUCUUUAAAUUUUCAAUAAAAAUUUAUACUUUUUCAAGCAUAUAA